AUGAAACCAACAAAGCUUAAAGAACAUCUUGCUUCGGUACAUCCUCAACAUGCGUCAGAUAGUCUGGAAGUAUUUCAAAUAAAAAAAGCACGUUUUGAAAAAGCCGCAUCAUACAAAGUAGCUUACCGCAUUGCCAGAAGUAAAAAACCACAUACAAUUGGCGAGUCACUAAUAAAACCAUGUGCAUUAGAAAUGGUAGAAUUAGUAUGUGGUUUGGAACAACGAAAAAAAAUUGAAGCUAUACCUUUAUCAAAUGAUACUAUUAACUCUAGGAUUUCUGAUAUGUCCACUAACAUUUUGGAACAAGUAAUUCGGGAAUUAGAUUCAACCCCUUUUCCAUUCAGUAUGCAGUUGGACGAAAAACUCAACUCAUCCUCAUUCAAGCUUAUUUGCUUAUAG